AACGAGGUUAGAAAGUGUAUAACACGUUUCGUGUUUUGUAAUCAUGCAUUUAGAUAAAAGAAAGUUAAUAGGCAGAUUUAUUAGUAAUGGUAAUGACAGUGAUGAUAAUUACAAUAGUGAUGAUAGUGAUGAUAUGCAAGGAUCCUCAGAUAGUGAGGUCACAGUAAGUAGCAGUAAUGAAUCGGAAUCAGAAGAUGAAAGACACGAAGAAGUGAAUUCAAAUAAUAAUGAAGUUUAUGCCCAUGCAAGUAGCGACACAGAAGUAGUUCCAUUAAAUGAAGAUGAAGAAGAAGAUGAAGUUGUAAAAGCCAUAAUUAGAUCAAGAGAUCCAGAAAAGAAUCAUCCACCUCCUAUCACAACAGAGGAAUAUAUUGUGGAUAUAUGUUUCCAUCCUAAUUCAGAUAUGAUUGCUGUAGCUAACAUAAUGGGCGAUAUAUACAUGUACAAGUAUAGUAAUACAGAAACAGAACUUGUUUCAACAUUGGAAUUACAUCUCAAAGCAUGUCGUGAUAUAGAAUUUAGUGAAGAUGGAACAACUUUAUUUUCAACUGCCAAGGACUUAUGUAUAAUGCUUACCGAUGUAGAAACUGAGGAGAUAAAACGAUUAUAUGAGAAUGCACAUGAUGAACCAGUAUACACAAUGACUGUAAUUGGAGAACACAUGUUUGCAACUGGUCAAGUGUGGGAUCUUAGACAAAAGGGAAAUGUACCAGCAUUUUCAAUAAAAAAAAUGGAAGACUAUGUAAGUUCUAUUAUAACAAACACAGAUGCAAAAUACUUAGUGUGUGCAAGUGGAGAUGGUUCUGUGACCACAUUUAAUAUCCCAGGAAAAAAAUUACAUGUUCAGUCUGAAGAAUAUGAGGAGGAGUUAACGUGCCUUGGCUUAUUCAAACAUGAAACAAAAAUUAUGGUGUGCAGUAGUAAAGGAAAAAUGUACUUGUACAAUUGGGGAGAGUUUGGUCUUCAUUCUGAUGAAUUUCCAAGCGUAACUAAGAACGCUAUUACCUGCAUGGUUCCGAUUACUGAAAAUGUAGCAAUCACAGGAGGAGAAGAUGGAAUACUCAGAGCUACUAGCUUAUUUCCUCGUAACAAUCUUGGAAUAGUGGGACAACACAAUUUUUCCAUUGAAGCAGUCGAUGUAAAUAGUGAUGGUAGUAUGAUCGCAUCUUCUUCGCAUAACAAUGAUAUCAAAUUUUGGAAUGUACAGUAUUUUGAAACGUUAAAUGUCGCUGAGCGUGUGAAAGGUGGAAAACAAAAACAAUUGAAACAUAAUCUUCCGAGCAGUAAAGUUGAUAAUGCGUCGAAUUUCUUUUCAGACCUUUAAAAUACGGUCACGAGUAAUAAUCUUAAAAUUACAGUUUUAAAUAGGAUCGUACAUAGAUGGAAUCACUGAAUGUAUUGUACGUUGUUAUCGAACAUUGUCUCGCAAGAAAUGUUAAUGUACCAUAUUUUGAUAUAUAAGAUUGUUUCUAUGAUAGCUUAAUUGCCAUACAUUUAUACUGAAACAGAAUAAUGUAUUACACAUAAU